AUGGCUCGCCACACCACGAAAAGCUCCUCUCCUUUCAAACCCGCUCCGUCUCUUGAGUCCCUACAGCAGUGGAAAGAUGUUCUCAAAGGCGUCAAGCUGCUGUAUCUCCAACGUCAGUACAAACAAUGCGCCGCCCGCUCGUGUGAGAUUCUCGACACAGUCAAAGAGCCAGUAAGUCGUAUCGAUGACCGCGUGCGUUCGUGCAGGCGUGGAUUGACCCCACGGACGGGCAAGCAGAUCCAUCCCGUCUACAAGACAUACCUGUACUUCUACAGCGCCAUCUCCUACGAGGAGAUGGGCCGAGUCGCGCACCACUACUCCAGGAAGAAAAUCCCAAUGCUGAAUUCCGCGCUGGACGGCUUCGUCGCGUGCAGCGCUAUCCUGCCGUCGGUGAUUCUGGGUGAUAAGGGUGCGGCAAGCUCGAGUGCAAGUCCCGUCUCGCUGGUGGAUGUGUCCACGGCGUCGGAUUUCUCGGACAGUCCGUCGCCAGAGAGCAGCCUGCUGAGCAGUAUCACGGACAUCAUUGAAAAGUCCAUCCAGUGUCCGGAGGAUGAUCCCUUCAUCUCGGACAGCGAGGGCUGGGUCGACCUGGCCCUCGACAUUCCGCAGAAACACCCACCCCGCAUUCCAGACGACCGUCGCGGACUCAUGCCCUCGCCUCUGCAGAUCCGCAAGUCGGCCGCUAGGGAGGUCCAGAUAGGGCAGCGCUUGCAGCCAACUCGAUCGCGUCGACCUCUUUCUCUUCCUAUCAAGAUCGUUCCUGCUGGCGCUAUGAAUACCCGCAAUCCUGUUCAACGAGAACACAGCAACAGCAAUACCAACAACAACAACAACCAAAACCACCACCACAAACACAGUCAGGAGGACUACACCCCCAUGACCCCCUCGCACGCCGACUCCAUCAACCGCCACAACAGUAGCGUCCGCGCCCUCCGCGCCCAAAUCCACACCAGCAUCGCAGACAUCCACGCCCUCAUCGACGAAAUUGCAGAGCUGCAGUCCGCGCGCCGUGCCUCGAAGAGUAUCCGCCGAUCAGGCUCGUUCUGGAGCUUCAGUCCCGUCAAGGCCGGGCCCGGCAGCGGCGACAAGAAGCUGGGUGGCUCGGGACGGGUGAUGGUCAUGGAGAGCAAGGAGGAACGCAUUGCGCGACUGCGGGCGGAGGGAUGGGCGACGGUGGGGUUGCGGUCGCCGGUGAGGGGGUGGAAGGGAACAGCGUAUUACCAGGCAUAUUGCAAUUCUGUGCUGGAGGAGUUGUAUCUUGAUGUUUGA